UGAGGUAGCGUAAUAACGAAAGCCGAACACAAAAGAAAUUUCGAAAAACCGAAGCGAGCGAAUAGUGUCUGACAUUUUUUCAAAUUGUUGUAAAUCAAUUUUUUUGUGUAUGCAAUUAGUGUAUUAUCGCUAAAAAUAAGCUUACUUUGUAAAUACAGUGUACAUAGAAUAUGAGCACACAAAACCGUAAUAGCGGCGGUAGUCGCAAUCAAAAGAAAUCAAAUACUGGCAGUGGCGGCGGCGGUGGUGGUGGAGGUGGUGACUCUUCAGCUAUCACACAGGCUUCACUUAAAAAGACGGAAGUAACAAAAACAGAAAAGGAAAAGUCGCAUCCAAAGCCAACUGCUGAACAGUUACGUAUUGCCCAGAUCACCAAUAGCAAUACAUCGGAAGAUCCACAGAUGCGUGAAAAAGUCGCCACCCUUAUAGAAAUGACUCAGCGUUCCGAGGAAGAGGUUUGCUGUGCUUUAAAUGAGUGUGACAACAAUUUAGAACGUGCUGUUGUAUUUCUUCUAGAAACCCUACCAGUGGGGGCAUUUGAGACAUCUUCAAAGAAGAAAAAGAAUAAAGCUGCAAAUGCUGCACAGGAUAAUAAUGGUGGAGGUGGUGACGGUGAUUGGGCCGAUGGCAAUGCCAAUACGGACAAGCGUGAAAAAUCACGCAAUCGUAACAGUAGUAACCGUGGUGGUCGUGGAGGUUCCGACAGUCGUGGUUGGCGCGGGAGAGAGGCCCGUGAAAAUGAACGCAAUUCCAGAGGAGGUGGCGGUGGAGGCGGUGAUCGUGACGAUCGUGCCAAUGAUAACUAUCGCAGUGGUCCACGUAGUGGCGGUGAUGGUCGUCGUGGUGGCGCCAGUGGCCGCGGUGGCGGUUACGUUGGUCGGGGUGGUCGUGGUGGUGGCCGCAUGGGUGGAGGCCGUGGUGCCGGUGGACGUGGUGACAGAAGUGGUGUUGAUAGUUACAGGUCACGUUACAACAACUCCAACGAAGAUCACCAAGAGGUUGAGCUGUGGGACAACAGUAUUGCCCAAAGCACAGAGAAACAGCAACAACAGACACAAGAUGAUGCCUGGGGUGAUUGGGAUAAUGAAGAAUAUGUUGGUUCUCUUAAGGACAGCAAGGUGUUUACAACCAGCAAUUUGCCCAAUCAAACGGCAGCCAGUGUACUAAGCAGUGGCUUGACCGGCAGUGUGGACAACGCCAACAGCGCGGGAGGAACCGGUGAAAUCUCGGCACCACCGGGUCUAGAACACCAUUUAGGCACUUCAGUGAUUGGUAGCACAUCUGCGUCACAGUCACAGGGAGCUCAUUUGAACUCCUUGGUAGAUGACAAUAGUGGCAGCAGUAAUUUAAUUACAGCCAAGACUACACCCAUGAUGCAGUAUAGUGCUGCUGUCAGCAGUACGCCUCAAAUGCAACAACAACAGCAGCAAUCGUCAGUGGUGGGCGGUAGUGGCAGUACUCUCACUUCUGGCUCGAAUAUGAGUGGUUCUUCGGCCUUAGGUAGUUCACCUUACGGCAGUGCCGUAAUCGAUACCUUUUCUAAUGCUGCUACAGCUGCCGCAAACUUGGUUCAACAAGUCCAGCAACAGCAGCAGCAGCAACAACAACAUUUGGCGCCACAACUCAAACCCUCGACGACAUUAUCGGCCGAGCAAUCACAGUAUUUCAAUUCGCUGGCAACACAGAAUGCCGCAGCCCAAGCAGCAGCAGCCGCGGCCGCUGCAGCAGCUGCUGCCGCCAGUAAUGUUCAGCAAAUGCCCACUUAUGCCCAGAAUCCGGCGACAGUGCAAUAUCAAACAUCGUAUGCCAAUGUUUUCGGUAGUGCAGCUGGCAGUGGAUCCGCGGCGUCCAUGGCAACGGAUCCCACGUCUCAGAUAACAAGUGGACAACAAACGCAAGUACGGCGGGCACGUGCUAAACUACCACCACCCUCUAAGAUUCCCUCAAGUGCGGUUGAAAUGCCAGGUGAUUCAUUAAACAACAUUGGUUAUUUGGAUGUACAAUUUGGUGGUUUAGAUUUUGGUACCGACGAUUCAUUUGAGAAUUUAUCCGAGAAAUUAAAUAAUUCGGUUAAUCUCGGUGAUAGCCAGCAGCAACAACAACAACAGCAGCAGCAACAACAGCAGCAAAAAUCGUUAGCUCAAUCACCACCUGAAGUUAGUUCAUCAUAUGAACAAAGCAAAACAGUGGUAACACAUCAGCAGCAACAACAACAGCAGCAGCAACAAGCUGCUUUGUCAGCAGCUGGUUUACCAAAUUCUCAUUUGGCCGAUUCUCUUACAUCAAGUUACACACAAAGAGCUGCACAGCAACAACAACAGCAGCAGCAACAGCCGCAACAACAACUAAGUGGCGGUGUAAGUGGUGGCAAUUCGUCGGUGGGUUCUGCCGGCAGUAAUGCUUUAGAUCAAUUAACUAAAAAUGAUCCCUAUAAUCAGAAUACAAACUCUGCUGCUAAUGCCUAUCAAAGUUCGUAUCAGAGCAGCAGUAAUGUUGUCUCGAACAAAGGUGUAUCGAAUGCCUAUCAGCCUUCAGUAGCCUCACAAGGUUACAAUAAUUCAGCAUAUGCAACUGUACAGUCCUCUGUGGCAAACUCAUACCAACCUCAGGCCUACGGUUCAUAUCAACAAAAUUCGAUGACCUCGUAUCAACAGCAACAACAACAGCCAUCUGGCACUGGCACACAAAAUGCUUCAAAUGUUACUGGCUCAAGUAGUGUUGGUGGUGUGGGAGGUGGCUCGAGUUCAACACAAAACAUUCCUUCAGUAGGUGGUAACAGCAGUAAUUCAGCAACAGCUAAUUCCAACUCAAGCUAUUUGACGUCUGCUUAUGGAUCACAACAGAAUGCUUAUCAGUCUAGCCAAAGUGUUUAUGGCAGUACUGGUCUUUCAAAUAAUUCAGGAUUUGCUGGCAAUACUAGUACGGCGUCAUCUCAAUAUAGUAACUUUAGUACAAGUGGUAAACUAAAGGAUACAUCGGCCUCAUCAAAUACUUCUCAUUACGAAAGCGUUUCAUCAAGUAGCGCUAUUAGUAACAGUGGAACAGCCGUAAAUUCCGUUUCAAGCGGUGUUAAUUCCAGUAAUGCUGUAACAAAUAGUAUGAUCUCAUCCUCACAUUUAGGUGCAUUAACUAGCAAUUCAAAUGUCACUCCAUCUUCUUCCUUAGCUAACAACAGCAGCAGUAGUUCGAAUAAUAAUAGCAACAGUGGCGUUGUCAAUAAUUCCACAUCAAAUGUGGUCUCACAGACAGCCGGUGGUGCCGUUAAUGCCAGUGGCAAUAGCAGUAGCAAUAGUAGUAAUACAAAUAGCAGUAGUGUCGUCUCAGCUGGUGGUGGUGGUGUUGGUGUUAGUGGUGGCAGUGGUGUUAGUUCUUCGUCUGCUGUGGCUGCCGCCGUAUCUGGCGUAUCAUCAGUAUCGAAUAAGACUGGUAGUGGUGUUUCAGCUAGUGGUGCACCAACAGGUGCUGCUAGUGGUGCCGGUGGUGGCGCUGGUAGUGGUGCUGGUGGAAUGGUACCCAACAUCCAAAUGGUUAGUCAAUAUAUUCAGACUUCAUUGCCAUACUAUCAGCAACCAGUUUAUUCUUACGAGGAUAUACAAAUGAUGCAACAGAGAGUGCCACAUGUGCAAGGUUAUUAUGAUCUUAACUACACACCAACAAGUCUGGGUGCAGGUCGUGAUAAUUUAGGUUCCGUGGCGUAUUCAACAAUGACUGAUGGUCGUUUUACCAGAACUGACAAUAAUUCCAGCCCUGUUAGUAAUGUUUCCAGUACUAUGUCGCAACAAGCAGGUUCUAGUGGACCCAUGCUUAAUGUUCCUUAUGCAUAUUUCUAUGGUGGCAAUGUUAUGCCUGGCAGUUUCCAAUAUGGUACCCCAGCUAUUUAUCCACAAAUUCCAGCUGCUAAUACAGCUUCGGGUGGACAAUUCCCAAAACCUUCAUAUAACACAGGUUAUGGAUCAACCAAUUAUGAUGCUCUUUCACAAGCUUCUCAAGACUAUACAAAAGGAACGUAUCCAUCGAGUGUGAAUCAACAAACAAAAUCCCAAAAUGUAACAAAUCCUCCACAAGCUGGUACAGCAUCGGAUAUAACAUCCUCCAUGUAUGGCAAGGGUCAUGUGGCGCUUAACAAAGUCAAUUCAUACGAAAAACAAAAUUUCCACUCUGGUACGCCACCACCAUUUAAUAUGGCAAAUACACAGACUGCUGGUGGUACAUCAGCUCAACCGUAUGGCAUGUAUUUACCAACAAUGCCAGCUGCUGGACAUCAUAUGAUUCAUCCACCAAUCCACCAGAUGGACGGCAGGAUUCACAAUUCAUCCCGCCGGGACUCAAAUAGUACUGGUCAACGUCAACCCACAAGCAGCCAAUCAAAAUCGGCCACUAAGCAAGGGUAUUCACCCUCUUAUUGGACUGGACAAAAUUGAAAAGUUUUCAAUUUUGUUUGCUAAGACGACUUUUGUUUUUUUUUUUUUUUUGUUUUUUGAAAGAGAUAGCAGGCGAAAUUAACAAAAAAUUAAGAAAAAAAAACUCCUUAAAAAAUAUAUAUAUAAAACAAACUACAAUAAAAAGAAGUGGAAGAGAACUUAUAAACUGGACAUGCUGAAUUGCUCGCUAUAGCGCCUGCUAAUAAAUAAUUAUAAUAAUAAUAAAUGCUUAAUAUUAACAACAACUAGAACUACAAAAUGUAAUAGAAGUACAUCUCCCACUCCCACAUCAAACACCACCACACUCCUAUUCAUCAUCCCCAGCUCUAGUAAUACAAAAACAAAAAAAAACUCCUCAAAUAGAACUUUCGAAGAAGAAGAGAUAAGAAGGAAUAUUAUAAACAAUUUAUAACAAAAUAUAAUGUCUUCUUCAUCUUGUUUGUAACACACACACACAUACACACACACAGUAUAAUGGAAAAACACUUUUAUUUUAAUUUAAUUUUAAAAUACAAAUCUUUAAAUGUGUAACCACUCAAAAGGCUAUACAGUUUUAGGUUUUUCUAUAUAUGUAUAUGCAUAGAAUACAAACAUAUAUAUAUUUGUUAAACUACUACAUACGUCGUCUUUGUCGUUGUCAUUUAAUUGCCCUUUUUUCUUAUUUAAAAAUAAUAGUUUUUAAUUUUUUGUAGUGAUUAGUUGUCCCUACCAAAAAAAAAAAAAAAAACAAAAGAAGAAGAAACUUACAAUUAUUUUCAUGUUAAAAGAAGUUUUAGUCUUUUAUCUAACAGAAGCAACCUGACCUCAUCCUCUUCAUCUUAACAACCUGCACACCAUACCCUUCUCUAACACCAUAAUAACGCCACACAAACAACCCCCCCUCCCCGCCCCACUUAUCACAAAAAACAUAAUUAUUUACACGCAUACAUAACCACAAACAUCCAUAAUAAUUAAUAAUAUAAUAAAUAAUACACUUACACAUUUUUUUAUUACAAAAAGAAACAAUGAAAAACAAAAAAAAAAAAAAAAAAAAAAAUAAAUGAUAACAAUUAUCAAAUAAUUUAAUUAAAAUAAUUAUUAUAUUAUUAUAAACAAACAAAAACAUAAUUAAUAAAAUACAAAACAAAAUGAAACAAAAACCAUUAAUAAAAUUUUACUAUAAAACUGUAUUGUACGUAUUUCUACACAUACACAACAACAACAAACAAACAUUUUACAUAUUAAACAAGUAUAUUUUAUAAACAAACACAACAAGAACAAGGAUUUUUAGUUUAUUUUUUUGUUUUUUUAAUUAACUUGAUCCUUUAAACUCCUUAAACACUCUCUAAUUCUCCUUAAAAUAAAACAAAACAAAAAAACAUACAAACAUACAUAACUUAUAAAUAAAUAUAAACAGUAAAUCAAUGUAUGUCUUGUGUAUACAUACUUACAUACAUACAAACAUAUAUGCGUAGCAAAUUGUCGUAUUGCAAAGCAACCACAAAACAAACAAACAAAUUUAAUAAGUUUAAAAAUACACAUUCUUAACAUUUAAAUAAAUUAAAUAAAACAGUAAAAAAAAAAACAACAAAUAAAAAAGAAAUAUUUAUAUUAAUUAAAUUCACAACAAAAGGAGUAUAAAUGAUAUAAAGAAGACGUCAAGGGAGUAAAACAAAAGAAAUUAAAUAAAAAAAGAAGAAGAAAGAAAAAAAA